GGCUGUCGCCCUCGACCGACACAUUAGCAAUCACGUUUCUGAGUGCGUGACUCGGGGGAAUUGAUCCGUUGCGAGAGAUCUGCGGUGAUGUCCACGAGACCCUCCAAACAAGGUUUAGUCCACAACAUCUGAUCCGAUCUCUGCCCCUCCGUCAACCCGUCUUUGCCGCCAUCAGUAAAUAUAUCUCUUGCCAGGCUAAUACCACCAUCGAAGCGCUGCGGAACAACCACGGGAAAAGCAAGUCUCCGCCCAGGAAUCUCAGCGGUAGUUACUUCGUUACGAGUCAAGGGAAAAAAAAUAAAAAUAAAAAUAAAAACAAAAAGUGCGGGGAACCACUGAUCUCAACGGGCCCGAACCCGAUCUUUUCCCAACCCAAUAUCAGAGUGGUUUGUUCCACGAAACCCAGGCAUCCUGGGUUAUACCUUCUUAUCAAAAUCUCACCGGGGUGCUGAACCGUCCUUCUUUUGUUCCUUGAAAGAUUCUCUCCUGCCGCUUUUACAGGCAGGGUCCAGACGGAAUUCCUUCAUCGAAUCAGACUUGCGUUGUCACUACUACGUUUCCCAACCCCGUUGAAGAAAUCAUGGCUGAUAGAACAGGCUCCUACAACCCAUUUUCCAGGCGAUCGUCUCACGGUCCAAAGACCGUGAACACGUAUCGGGUAUUGACGCCUCUGUCUUGGCUCCUCGUAGUGGUCUUCGGCAUCUAUUACUCGGUACGCGGCCCUGAUGAUGUUCCAUCAGGCUCUACUAUAGGGAAUCAAGCCGAGAUCAAUCCCACACCCUUUUCGCAGACCAAGACAAUCACCAUCAUCUACUGGGUUAUUCUCCUUGUUUCUCAGCUCGGAUAUAUGGGGCAACUCUGGUCCUCAAAUCCCGAGAGAUUGACGGCGGCUGCCAAUGUGGCGCCGCACUUCAUCCUAAACAAUCUCUUCAUACUCUCUUUCAUUCUCCUUUGGGUUCGCUCCCAUUUCUGGGGUGCCGAAGUCUUCGACAUUGUCUCGUUGCUCAACCAGGGCACGCUAUACUGGAGAUACCCAGGUCUUCCCGAAUAUAUCCACCUUCCAGCAGUGGCGGGACCCUAUGCUUGGUCCAUCACGACUCUCUUCUGGAAUGGAGCGGUUGCCGUGGGCGGUUACAGCCUUCCAAAGAGGAUAGUUGCCAAUGUGUUCAUCUGGGUCAUGUUCCUCUUUGGACAGGCCCACAUUGCACGCCGGAAUGAUCGUUCGCUCGGCUACUCACUCAGUCUUCUGACUUUGUCACUUGCUCUCAAGCAGUUCUCCUUGAAGAUCAUCUCCUUACAGUGGAUCUUCGCCUUCAUAAUCUUUGGCAUCUUCCUGGUAUCAUCAUUGUACAGCUCAACUACCAGAUACUACAAGCGAGACUUCUUCCUCAGAAGUCUGGUCGAGCCCGAAGCCGGCGACCGUGAACGCGAGCCCUUGCUCAGCAAUGCGUAAAGAGGGCUAGGUCCACCUUACUAAAGUGGCCACUAACAUUACGGAAACGGGAUCCCGAGAAGUCCACAAUGGUAAUUUUUCAUGCCGUUGUUUCCAGCUUAUGCCUCAGUAACAUGGUGAAGUUUUUAGUUCUGUAUCUGUGUCUUUCUCAGAAAUUGCUAAAGUUAUUCCUAGCUAAAGUCAGAGCAGAAUAUCGUGCUUCAUAUUGCAAUUUGGAAAAAAAAAAAAAUUGGAAAAGGAAAUGUGUGGUAUCCCACCUAUUAGCUCUCAUGUGUUGGGUCCUCUUAACUUGGUAAUUUGAGGCCCUUGGCUUUCCCUUAUAAUGAUAUGCUCCUUUGUCGUUCAGAUGCGGUUUGGCUAGUCUCCAUUACUUAAUCCAAAUAGCUUUUUGUUCUCUCAUAUCUCCUCUUGGUUUGUGGGUAUUUCGGGUGCGAGCGUAAUGCUUCUCGAUGCGGGUUUUGAGCGGGAGCUCAACUUGGCAGCAUUGGAGAAUGAUGUCAUUCCGCUAGCUUUCUCUGCCGUUGGAUGAAGAUCCACUGCUAACUACCGGGUAGCCCAUGGGAGACAAACGACCUAAAGUCAACUGAAAUAUCACGAAAGGGGAACAGUAAAUAUGAUAACUGGUAAAGGCAUUCAGAGCUUCCGCAAGACUUGACCGCUCCCUUCAUCCGGAUUGUCUCCUCGAUUCUUAAUGUGCCGCCUCAAGUGACCUGAGUAUUAUUCUGACUUCCAGUUUGAACAUUUAUUUCGGAUUCUGACGCUGUCGAGUCGGGAAUUAGGGAAAGCUCUGACGGCAGGGAGAUCAGCUCCGCAUAGCUUCUCUCAGAGCGAAUAGCUGUGCAGGUGUCAACGCUCACGUGGAAGAGGACAGGGGAUUGUUGCCAUGAUAAAAUCUUUAGAUUCGUGGAUUCUUCGCUCGAAAAGAUAUUCUUUAAGCCUGAUGAUUGACAUGCAUGCCGAGUAGCCAGGAGAAACACACAAUGUGGUUUGUUCUACGGAGUACUCCGUGCACAUAACUGGAAUUCUUCCAGUUCGCAGCCCAGAGGAACUGGGAAAAGGAAAGUCUCGAUGGUUAUUGUUGGCCCCUUGGUCAAUUCCAGAACUUCCUCCGCGAAUUCUGGCAGCCAGAAGAAGAAUAGACAAAGGCA